AUGAGCGAACAUGAUCACCACCAUCACCACCACUCGGUGCCGCAUAAAGGCCAGCCACUACUAUACAUCCCAAAUACACUAUGGACACGCGCAUUUGCGAUAACGGUAAUCGCCGAAACAGUCCUCACAGUCGCAAUUGAAAGCUGGAUCCUCAUAAGUCUGCGCGACCACCUCGAAGACGACGGAAAAGAUGACGGAACAAUGCGCCUCCAGUCCUUCCUAGGCCUAUACAUCUUCGCACUUCUAUACGAACUGGCUCUAUCAUAUGACGCCCUGCGCCGAAAGAAUACAAUCCAACUGGUCGGGCUCUGUAUCUGUAAUUUGGGCCUGUUGACCUAUGGCUUUUUGCAGAUGCAGGAGAUUAGAAGUACCGUUACCACUGCGCUGAAUGAUAAGACUGUCAGCGACCAUCUACUGAAAAUAUAUCGCAUUGAGCUUGUGCUUGUUCCCGUUAUCUUGGGUGUUGGGACUGUUGCUAUGACUUUCUUUACGUGGAAGUUGCGGGCUGAGUUCUCGUGGUCUAUUUAUAAGAAUAUCAGCGCGGAUUUGCAGAUGAAGCGGAGGUAUCUUACUUAUCAGGUUUAUAUUGCGCUCUUGAAAUUCGAUUUCUUCUUCGUGUUUGGAAGCCAACUUCAGAUUCUCCUUGUUGUCUUUAAGACUGAGGACUCUGAUUUCAUCGUUAAUGCUGCCUUGAUUCCGGUUACGAUAGCGACAUUGAUUGGCGCUGCUCAGUUCUGCAAGCGCGAGAAAACAAAGUCUCUCAUAACUAUGAUGUUCUUCAUGCUCGUCAUCAUGGGAUGUUUCGGCCUGACUCUCUAUCGAAUGCACAUUUCCAGUGAAAGCAACCAAUUCAGCUCAGUCCGAGUCUCCCUGACACUAUUUUCCUCCCUAUCAUUGCUUUUGAUGGGUAUGACGCUCGUCAACUCCGUGUUGUGUAUCGUCAAUUUCAACAAAGGAUUGAAGAAUCACGUUAUGACUCCUAAGAAGCGACGGAAAGGUUCAGUCGCAUUGGAGCUUGAGUCUCAGGAGGCUCCUUCGCGGUUUUUGUUGCAUUAG